AUGGGAAUGAAGAUGAGUAAAAGAAGUUUUCCUGCAACUACAGGAACUCCACCAAAAGAUUACUUUCUCCAUGUAGAUACUGGAAGUGAAAUUUUAUGGGUGAACUGCGUCAAUUGUUUUCCUUUUUGUGCUAUCAAUACCGACAUCGACGAUUUGACUCUGAAAAUGUAUGAUCCAAAAAAUUCUUCGACGGCAGAUCUAGUUCCAUGUAGUGGUGGGUUUUGCACCGACAAUUACAAAAGUCCAAUUCCCGGUUGUUCAUCUGGUGACGUUUUUGGAUAUGGUCUUAAAUAUGGAGAUGGAAGUGGAAGUGAUGGAUACUUUGUUAAUGAUGUUAUCGGGUAUGAUCAAGUUUCUGGAAAUCUGGGAAUUCAAGUGUUAUAUUUGGGUAGUUGCGCGACACAGCAAACAGGAAAUCUUGCCUCAUCUACCGGAGCCCUCGAUGGCCUAAUUGGAUUUGGUGCCUCAGAUGAAUCCAUGCUUUCACAACUAGCUUCUUCCGGAAAAGUGAAAAAGAAAUUCGCUCACUGUUUAGAUGGUAAAAACGGAGGAGGAAUCUUUGCCAUGGGAGACGUAGUACAACCAACACCAAAAUCAACACCACUAGUUCCAAAUGCCUACGCAUUCUAA